UUCCCACCAAGCCCGUCGCGUAUCGAUGACGCGCGAAGCGAGAAUUUUCCGGAAGCUUGCGAAACAGUUGCGUCAGUAACUUGCGCACUUGUAUCUUGAGGAAGGUGAACGACGAGCGUUGCUCUCCAGGAUAAUAUACAGUCAACAUGUUGGUGGCGAGGCUGACGUGCCUGAGGACUCUCCCCGUGGCCGGGCUCCGUCCCGUGCUGAUGCAGGGGUCCCCGGCCCUGAGAGCACCCACCCUCAAGGCCUGUCCACCCCUGCUCAGGCCCCAACAGGGUUUUUCCUCCAAGUCCAGAUUUGGUUUUCGCCGUGGGAAAACGACCAGAGACCAGCUCAAAGAAGCAGCGUUUGAGCCGGCGACAGAUACCGCCAUCCGAAUUGAUGGCAUGGGAAGAAUCAUUCUGGCUGGCGGUGCUGCAGUUGGUCUUGGAGCUCUGUGCUACUAUGGACUCGGCAUGUCCAAUGAAAUUGGUGCCAUUGAGAAAGCAGUGAUCUGGCCUCAGUAUGUGAAGGACAGGAUCCACUCCACCUACAUGUACUUUGCAGGCAGUGUUGGACUAACCGCUCUGUCAGCUGUAGCCGUGAGCAGGACACCGGCACUCAUGGGUCUGAUGAUGAGAGGAUCCUGGCUGGCGAUUGGAGCGACUUUUGCAGCAGUGAUUGGUGCCGGCAUGUUGGUCAGGACCAUUUCAUAUGAGCACAGCCCAAUGCCCAAACACCUUGCUUGGAUGCUCCAUGCAGGUGUAAUGGGCGCCGUCAUCGCCCCUCUCACUCUCCUGGGAGGGCCUCUUGUGAUGAGGGCCGCCUGGUACACAGCAGGCAUCGUGGGAGGUCUGUCCACUGUGGCCAUGUGUGCCCCGAGCGAGAAGUUCCUCAAUAUGGGUGGUCCGCUGGCCGUCGGCUUUGGAGUGGUCUUCGCUUCCUCUAUUGGAUCGAUGUUCCUGCCGCCCACGUCAGCGUUCGGAGCAGGGCUUUACUCGGUGGCCAUCUACGGAGGCCUGGUCCUGUUCAGCAUGUUCCUUCUCUAUGAUACACAGAAAGUCAUCAAGAGGGCGGAGACACACCCACUCUACGGUGUACAGAAAUAUGAUCCCAUCAAUGCGUGUAUGGGGAUUUACAUGGAUACAAUGAACAUCUUCAUUAGGAUGGUGAUGAUUCUGGCGAACGGCGGCGGCGGCAGAAAGAAGUGAACGGCGACAUUUUGACUUCAACUUCAGUUUCACUUCUCACAGAGCUGAACAAAGCCAUGUUUUAAUGCUAGCAGCAAAACACCAGGUGUCAUUCUUAAAGGCAGAUAUUAUCUAACUAGUACAUAAACACGUAUACUUUGCAAGUGUGUGAAGAUGAGGAUUGCGCUCCCUGGUGCAUGUUGCCAGCCCCAGUCCCAGGUUAUGGGUGUUAACAGAUUGUUUAAAUCUGUCUGUCAACAUUAUUUCACCUGGCUCCAAUGUCCUUUGUUUUGUUCCUAAUGUUUUCUAUUUAUUUUCCUCUUGAAUGUUUAAGGAUUACAUGCAACAGAAUCACCACACUCUCAACAAAUUACGUAUACUAUUCUGUAUGUACCUACUCCAUUAUACACUGAAAUUCGAUUCUGUUGUGGGUUAAAGAGGUUAGUUCAUAUAUUUCUGAGAAAAUAUACACUUCAUUUCAAUAAUGGAAUCUCGUAAUAAACAAGUAAAAGGUG